AUGUCAAUUCAGAUCAAGCAGCUAUUACAACAAGGCGUUCUAGAAGUUGUGAAGCCACAGGAUGUGACAACGCUAGAGCAACUAGUGAGGCAGCUCGAACGCGAGGUGGGUGCGUUAGAAAGCCGCGCGUGCGGCCGCUGCGCGCGCGCCGAUGCGGAGGAGGCCGCUCGCGACGCGCGCAGUGACACGGAGAGCGUGACCGACGCGCACGCGCAUGACGCGCACGCGCACGACGCGCACGCGCGCGACACGCAUGCGCACGCCGCGCAAGCGCAGGUAGCGCUGCUCAAGGAGCAGCUUGAACGCGCUGAGGCUCAACUGCAGGCACGUGCUGAAGAGAUAGCUUCACUACGUCAAGAAACUAGAGCUGCAAAUUUGGCGAGAUGGCGUAAGGAAAAAGAAUUUGAAGACGUAUCAUUAAACUUAAAAAUACAAACGAGAGAUUUAAAAAAACUUGAAGAACGUUUCAAUUCAGCAAUAGAGGCACGAAGAUCAGCUGAAGAAAAGGCCGCCUUAGUCCAUAAAGAAAUAACCACAUUGAAGCCACAGUAUGAACUGGUGAAGAAAGAAGCUGAGAAACUCAAAGAAUUAGUGGAAAAGUUGAAGAUAAGUAAUGAAACACUUCAAGCUGAAGUAGACAGGUCGCGUAACGAUAUUCGUAAACUGAAAAGCGAAGUGCAAUACAGCGAGAAGAGGAGACUUCACGCGGAGGAACAGGAAGAGUUAUCCUCGCGCGAGCGCGCGCAGUUACGGGACGAGCUGGCGCCCUUACGCGUUAUCAACAACGACUUGGUGCAAGUAAGUGAAGUCUAUUUAUCUAUGAAC